CGGGGCCUGGGCCUGUUGGGGGCGGAGCCUGCCAGGGGGCAGCGCUCUGUUCCCCGCGCUUAUUCGGGCGGCUCAUUAGCAAAAGCCGAGGAGGCGACGCUGGAACCUGUUUAGGAUUGAAAUCUUGGCUGAGGCCUCUCCAAGCGGUAUAGUGCCAUGGUGCUAGGCAAUGGAGAAUAUAUAGUUAACCUUUCAGGAAUUCCACAGCUUGGCAGGUAUUGGAAAUCAAUAGCUCUUCUGGCUGUUCUCUUGUUUAAAUAUAUAUAAUAGCGUCAUUCGACUAUGUUUCUGAUGCCAACCUCUUCAGAACUAAACAAUGGGCAGAACUUCCUAACCCAGUGGAUGACCAAUUCGUCUCGCGCUGGGGUCAUAUUAAGUCGUGGAUUCCCUAUUUUGGAAGCAGAUGAAGAGAAGCAACCAGCUACAAAUACUUCUACUAGCUUUCCUAUUAAAGCUACACAUUUUUCAGAUAGUUUCAACUUUAUCAGUGAAGAAGAUUCACUUCCUGAAGAACAGAAGUUGGAGUCUAGCAGCCCUUGUAAAUUACAGUCAGAAAAAUCAGAAGCGCAAAUAGUUUUGCCUUUAAUUAAAAAGGGACCACAAAUAGUGGCAUGUCAGGAUGUUCCUGGAGAUCAGAAAGAUGACAAAAGUGACUUUAUGCUCAAUGUUGCUAGUGAAUUCAAAGAAGUGGCUUAUAAAGAUCCACUUUUUAAAAAGCUUGAGCAGCUGAAAGAAGCACAGCAGAAGAAGCAGGAACAACUGAAGAGGCAACAGUUAGAGCAACUGCAGAAGCUCAUGGAAGAGCAGGAGAAGCUACUUAGUAUGGUGUCUGGGCAGCAAAUGCUUGCAGGUUUUUCCUCACUUGCUGAUGACCAGAGUCAGAAGUACAAAUCUCCUGGAAGUGUACCACAUGGAGAGAAAGCCACAUCCUUCUCACCAUCAUAUGUCUACCCUAAUCAAACCCAAGAAAAGCCUCAUGCUUCUAGCAUUUUAUCUGAUGAACAGAACAACUUAUGUAGAAUGACUCAUCAUAAUUUUGUUCUAACUUCAAAAAGUGUUCCUUCCAAUUUGUUUCAUGAGUCACAAUAUCAAGAAGCAAUUGUGAAAAAAUAUGAUUUGAAAGAAGAAAACCAGAACCAUCCUACAGGAGAAAAUAUUUUACCACAUUGGGAGAAAACAGCAGAACAGAUUCAGGAAGGGAAUGAUACGAGCUUAAAAAAUAUUGGUGAUUCCUCAGAAGUGGUUAAUAUAGAAGAACGGCCUAUUAAAGCUGCCAUCAGAGAAAGGAAACAGACAUUUGAAGACUACCUAGAAGAACAGAUUCAGUUGGAUGAACAAGAACUUAAACAAAAACAGCUAAGAGAAUCAGAGGGCCAAUUGAUAAUGAAAACAAAACCCAAACAGCCUUUCUUAAAAAGAGGAGAAGGUUUAGCCAGGUUUACUAAUGCUAAAUCUAAGCUUCAAAAAGGGAAAGAAAGUAAAUUAGGGACUAACCAGAAUACUUCAGAGGAGCAACCUCUGUUCAAAGUAGAUAGACAACAAUUCCAGCGAAAAACUGCACUUAUAAAUAAAGAACUAUGUUCAGAAAACUCUACUGUUAAGAAGGAAAAUAAAGCUGGAAUCAAGACUGGUUCUGUGGCACUCAGUCAGAAGCCAAAAGUGCCUAAAAGCUAUAAUAGGAAAAGUGUCUCUCCCUCAGGAUCAAAAAUACAGAUAGGAAAGAAAUGUAAUGGACAAUUGAGAGAGAAGAUCAAGUUAGAAAAGAAAGGUGACUCUAACAAAGAAAAUGUACCUGAGUGUACAAAGCCCUGUGAUACUGGCUGCAAAGUAUGGAAUAAGACACAGGCGAAAGAUAGACCACCUCUUUCAGUAAGACCUGUCAGCUGCAUGGCUUCUAAGAGGCCCAUAAGUGAGACAGUUAAAGAGUUAGGCUCAUCUCUUGACAUUUCUCUUCAGAAAAAAUUAGAGCAUUGGGAACAAGAAAAGGAAAAAGAAAGCUUGGAAUUAGAUGAAUUUUUAUUUUUAGAAAAAGCUGCUGAUGAAAUUUCAUUUUCUAGUAAUUCCUCAUUUGUAAUGAAAAUCUUAGAAAAGGAUCAACAGAUCUGCAAAGGUCACCGGAUGUCUUCAACUCCUGUCAAAGCUGUGCAACAGAAGACGCAUCCGGUGGUUUUCAGGACUGAGAGUAACUGCAGUGAGGAUCCAGUCCCUAAUCCUGCCCUUGAAAAUGGGAGUGAGUGUGAGAUAAGAGCCAUACCACUUGAUUCUGCAUCCUCAUCUCAUGGAUUGAAGGAACUAUCUUGCAAAAUUAGUGAUGAAGACUUCCAGCGGAACACUUCUCAAAGUCAAACGCCAUGGAAUGUGGAUGAUGAAGGUGUUACAGGCAGUGACAGUAGCACUGACUCUGAGGAGCAGCUUGAUGUUACCAUAAAGCCACCCUGGGAGGAUAGAGAGGGAGGUUUCAGCAAAAGAGAGGACAGUCCACAAGUCUGUGAUGGCAAGGGACCUUUUAGAGACAUCAGGACACAAGAAGAUAGAAGGAGAGAUGUUGACCUGGAUUUAUCUGAUAAAGAUUAUAGCAGUGAUGAGUCUGUUGUAACAGAAAACAUGAAAACUAAAGUAUCUGAACCUUCAAGAAGACCUUUGUCACUAAGUAUGAAUAAAAUUGACUUUGAUGAUGAAAGAUCUUGGACUGACCUUGAAGAGAAUUCAUGUAAACAUGAUGUUACUCUUGAAGAUGAAUCCUUUUAUGAGAUGCCACAGACAGGAUAUCCUAAUAAUGACGAAUAUGUCCUGGACAAAACAAUAAAAAGGAAAGUUGCACCAGUCAAGAAGGGAGAAGACCUGAACAAGUCUAAUAGGAGCACAAGUCCCCCUCCCACAUCAGAACUGAUGAUGAAAUUCUUCCCUUCUUUGAAACUGAAACCAAAAUCAGAUUUAUACUUGGGAAAUGAGCCCAAGUUAAGUCUGAGUCAAGACCAACCAUCUGGUGAUAGUGCUCGAUCCCAGGCUUUGCUAGAGAAAGUUGUUGAAUUGGAAACAGAAAUAAAAAAAUUUAAAGCUGAGAAUACCUCUUUGGCUAAGCUCCGCAUGGAACGAGAAAGUGCCAUGGAAAAAUUCAGGAGAGAAACUGCAGACUUUGAGCAACAGAAAGCAAAAGAAUUGGCUCGAAUAGAAGAAUUUAAAAAAGAGGAAAUGAGGAAGCUACAAAAGGAGCGUAAAGUUUUUGAAAAGUAUACUACAGCUGCAAGAACUUUUCCAGAUAAAAAAGAACGUGAAGAAAUACAGGCUUUGAAACAGCAAAUAGAAGAUUUACAGGAAGAUCUGAAAAGGAAGGAAGCAAAAUGGUCAAGCUCAUAUGGCCGUCUAAGAAGCCAGAUAGAAAUGUUAGUCAGAGAGAACACAGACCUCCGAGAAGAGAUAAAAGUGAUGGAAAGAUUCCGACUGGAUGCCUGGAAGAAAGCAGAAGCUACUGAGAGCAGCCCCAAGGCCUACCAGUGUGUAACUGCUGGGAAGAAAGAGGAAUCCGUGAACACAUCUGUUCGAUACCCAAAGAGCUACAAUUCUUCAGGAACCCAAGGAGAACAGUGCAAGAAACACUAUUUGUCAAAACAUGGUAAUCCACCUCGAAGAUCUAUGUGUGUACCUCCUCGGCAUUUAGGCAGCUCAGAUAAACGACAAGUUGCCUUGCCCAGGGAGCCACUUGUACCAGUUAACUUUCUAGAUCCUGAAUAUAAAAAGGAAGAAAAAGAAGAAGAAAUUCAGGAAGAAAUCAGUCAUUCUGAUGGAAAGGUGGAAAAGGUUUAUAAGAAUGGGUACCGGGUUAUAUUGUUUCCUAAUGGAACUCGGAAAGAAGUGAGUGCUGAUGGGAAGAGUUUCACUGUCACUUUCUUUAAUGGCGACUUGAAGCAGGUCACACCAGAUGACAGAGUGAUCUAUUACUAUGCUACUACCCAGACCACUCAUACCACAUACCCUGAAGGACUUGAAGUUCUGCACUUCUCAAGUGGACAGAUAGAGAAACAUUUCCCAGAUGGAAGAAAAGAAAUCACAUUUCCUGACCUGACGAUUAAAAACUUAUUUGCUGAUGGCCAAGAGGAAAGCAUCUUCCCAGACGGCACAGUUGUCAGAGUGCAAUGCGAUGGCAACAAAAUUAUAGAGUUUAAUAAUGGCCAAAGAGAACUUCAUACUGCGCAGUUCAAGAGACGGGAAUAUACAGAUGGCACUGUUAAAACUGUGUAUGCAAAUGGUAAUCAAGAAACAAAAUAUGCGUCUGGUCGAGUGAGAAUUAAGGACAAAGAUGGUAAUGUUCUCAUGGACACAGAAUUGUAAUGCUGCAGUGUGACUGAUCAUGAAGUAACAUUACCUGAGCUUCCUAUUUUAAAAACUGUACAAUUUUUGUGGAUUGUUUAAUUUAUAUAGCCUCUGUGUGUCUAAAUGGCAAAGAUGGAUUCUAAAAUAAAAGUCAACUAGAAAAGCUUCAUUUUUAUAUUCUUUGAAAUACAC